AUGGGCUUUGGCGGUGUGCUGGACGACAGCACCUUUUUGCAAUGUAUGGGAAGCCUUCGCCAUAUAACAAUGCAGACGCUGCAGGCUAGCUACGAGGACGAGGAGGACGCAUAUCACGCACGACCCGACGAUCCCUACGACGAUCAGGACCCCGCUCAUCAUCAUCGUUACGAUAGCGAUUACGCCGUAAAAACGUACGGCAACGAGGUGCCUUCGCACGAUUACGAGUACUCAACCUAUGACACGGAAGCGUCGACGGGUCGAGGUGUACCCUCCGGGAAUCACAAAAUGUCCUAUCAUGAUCAGCUGUACGACAAUGCAUGUAGAUUCGAAUCGAAUGGCUACAAAGAUGAGGAAUACUACCGAGAGGAGGAGACCGAUCAGACCGACGACACGCACUUCGGUCACAAUCCACACUAUUCGGAGCGGUACGGGUCGAUGGAGGGCACAUCCGACUACCGGGAUGAGUACCGACAGCAGUAUCCUGGUGAUUACUGGAAUGAACAGGAGCCGUUGUCGUACAACAGUCGACCGCCACAAUCGAUGCAACCUCUUCGAUCAUGGCACCAUGACUCAGUGGACGCAACUGAAUCAGCUACCGAAAAGGAAAAUUGCCUGGAUGAGCAGAACACCUACGAAGACACUGAGGAUCGUAACUCUAAAAUGAGUCAUCGGACGUCUUCGGUGGAGAAGACGGAACGAAGAUACGAUAACGACUCUAGUCAUCGUGGCGGCUACUACGCGGACGAUUACGAUGAUCGACGGACCGACUCACGUGCGUACAAUUGGCGUUACGAUAGCAUACAGGAGGAGGAUCACGUGAAAGAGGACUGGCACGAUGAGAAAGCGUUACGAAGUUGGCGGAAUGAACCAGCGCCGAGAGACGAUGACUGGCACCACGAGGAACCGUCGCUGCACGACGACGAGGAGCAGUACGCUGCCGAAGGCGGAUAUCAAGCGGAUCGUGAGGACUCAUCCAGACAGAACAGCGUCGAACGUAGCGAUGCAGCCGCGCAUCAAGCCACGGAUAUCGCACAUCAAACCAUCCAAGAAGAGGAUGAAAAACGUACUCCACAUGAACUUUGGCACUGGGCCUAUAAACAAGUGUGCAAAAGUCUUGGAUAUAAGUCGACGGUCCUUGAUGGAAAUGGAUCGGCGGCGGCGAACGCCUUCUACAAGAGCAUCGAUGCGGCACCGAACAUGAACGUGGCCAGGACGAAGACGAGCAUUCCGCUUGUCUCGGAGCUGACGAUGGCAACAAAAAGAGCACAAGCUGGACUCGCCAACGCCGCAAAAACCACGUUUGGAGACGAGGAGUUGAAACAACACGUGUAUCGGAAGUGCCUACAAGCGUUGAUCUACCCGAUCAGCUGUACAACACCGCAUAACUUUCAAACGACCAAUUUUCAAACGCCUACAUGGUGCUAUGAAUGUGAGGGACUGUUGUGGGGUUUAGCCAGACAAGGAUUACGGUGCACGGAAUGUGGCGUGAAAGUGCACGAAAAAUGCCGUGAACUACUCAGUGCCGACUGCUUACAAAGAGCCGCUGAGAAGAGCUCGAAACAUGGCGAAGGUGAACGAAUACAAUCGUUGGUGGCAGUGAUUCGUGAUCGGAUGAAGAUUCAGGAGAAGAACAAGCCGGAGAUUUUCGAGACCAUACGCACUGUAUUCGGCGUCGAUGAACGAACGCAGCAGGAAACGUUGAAACAGAUCAAGACCAGCAUUCUGGAAGGGAGCAGCAAGUGGAGUGCGAAAAUUACGCUCACCGUGAUUUGCGCACAAGGACUGAUUGCCAAGGAUAAAACUGGCAAAAGCGAUCCCUAUGUGACGGCUCAGGUUGGUAAAGUGAAAAGACGAACACGUACCAUACAUCAAGAGUUGAAUCCUGUCUGGAACGAGAAAUUCUUCUUCGAAUGCCACAACUCAACGGAUCGCAUCAAAGUACGAGUAUGGGACGAGGACAACGAUCUGAAGUCGAAAUUGAGGCAAAAAUUGACUCGAGAGAGCGACGACUUCCUUGGGCAGACUGUGAUUGAAGUACGGACCUUGUCCGGCGAGAUGGAUGUGUGGUACAAUUUAGAGAAACGAACGGACAAGUCGGCUGUUUCGGGCGCAAUUCGACUGCACAUCUCCGUUGAGAUCAAAGGAGAAGAGAAGUUGGCCUCGUAUCACGUACAGUACACGUGCCUGCACGAACAUCUUUUCCAGGCGAUGUGCAUCGAAAACGAUGAGCUCCGAUUACCGGACGCGAAAGGAGAGGACAGCUGGAAAGUGUACUUUGAUGAUGUCGGACAGGAAAUUGUUGAAGAAUUUGCUAUGCGUUAUGGAAUUGAGAGUAUUUAUCAGGCUAUGACACAUUUCGCGUGCCUUUGUACAAAAUAUAUGUGUGUUGGAGUGCCAGCUGUACUUUCUACGUUACUUGCGAAUAUUAAUGCGUUUUAUGCGCAUACCACGGCCACCUCCGCCGUAUCGGCAUCCGAUCGAUUUGCUGCCUCGAAUUUUGGCAAGGAACGAUUCGUGAAAUUGCUUGAUCAACUACAUAAUAGCCUACGAAUAGACCUCAGCAUGUACAGGAAAUAUUUCCCCUCCUCCUCACCGGCCAAGCUCCAGGACCUAAAAUCUACCGUCGAUUUGCUCACUUCAAUCACGUUCUUUCGUAUGAAAGUGCUAGAACUGGCCAGUCCACCACGAGCUUCGAACGUUGUGUCCGAAUGUGCGAAAGCAUGCAUGCAGUCGACGUAUCAAUUGUUGUUCGACUCUUGUUGCGAGCAAGGUGCACCCUCGUCGGAAUCGGUUCGAUUCUGGUUCGACUUCCUUGAUUAUAUGAUGCGGGUUAUUGAAGACGAUCGAACCGUCUAUGGGCCAAGUUUAAAUCAGUUCCCACAGGAAUUAAAUGUUGGUCAUUUAUCAGCCGGAACACUCUGGACACUCUAUAAAAUGGAUCUGAAGAUGGCGCUGGAAGAGCAUGCAACAACGAAAAAGUGUCCAACACCAGAAUAUAUGAACUUGUACUUCAAAGUGAAGGGAUUCUAUUUCAAAUAUGUUUCCGAUCUUCCACAGUACAAACAAUCGAUACCAGAAUUUCCUGCAUGGUUCAUUCCGUUUGUGAUGGACUGGUUGAACGAGAACGACGAACAUUCGAUGGAUAUCCUAAGAAAUGCAUACAACAGGGAUAAGGCGGACAAUUUCCCACAAACAUCCGAGCACACACGAUUCUCCAACAGUGUUGUUGAUGUGUUCACGCAACUUAACGAAGCGCUGAAACUACUGAAACAGAUGGACUGUCCGAAUCCGGUUGUUUAUGCGGACAUGAUGAAGAGAUUCAGCAAGACGUUAAAUAAGGUGCUGCUCGCCUAUGCUGACAUGGUUCAUAAGGAUUUCCCGAAGUUCUCGUCCAAUGAAAAGCUUGCCUGUAUACUAAUGAAUAACGUUCAACAACUUAGGGUCCAAUUAGAGAAGAUUUACGAGACAAUGGGUGGCUCUGAGCUUGAUCCAGCGUGCAGUCAGGUGUUGACAAACCUGCAGAAGAAACUGAACAGCGUCCUGGAUAAGCUGUCUGGACAGUUUGUCGUCACUCUUGAACCGAUGAUCCAUGAGCAGACGAAUAAACUUGGCGCAUUGCUGUCGAAAAUUAAAGGACCGCAACUCCAGAAAACGCAAGUGGCGGCGGAAGUGGACGUUGUAUUAGAACCUCUGAUGGAUUUGCUCGAAGGCUCACUUCAGCGCUACUUCCAGCAAUGCGAAAAGACUGUGCUUAAGUACAUUCUGAAGGAACUCUGGAGGAUUACUAUCGUCAGCAUGGAGAAGAUGGUCGUUCUUCCUCCACUUGCUGACAAAACGUUGCUCAAACAAUUACCGAAUGCAAAGAUCCAGGAUGUCACAAAACUGAUGUCGACAAACAUACAGAACAUCAAAGGAAUGAGUUCCGUCAAGGAGAUGAUGGAUAUGGCUCGAGAAUGUGAAAGAUCGUUAACGCCCAAACAGUGUACGGUACUGGAUGCAGCACUUGACGCCAUAAAAGAAUGCUUCCACGCUGGCGGCCAAGGCUUAAAGAAGUCGUUCUUCGAGAAGAGUCCUGAGCUGCAAUCAUUGAAGUACGCGCUAAGCCUUUACACGCAGACUACUGAACAGCUUAUAAAAACAUUCAUCACCAGCCAGAAGCAACAAGAUUUACCGUCACAAGAGCAGCCGGUCGGUGAGGUUAGCGUGCAAGUGGAUCUCUUCAGUCAUCCUGGCACUGGAGAACAGAAAGUCACUGUUAAGAUACUGGCGGCAAAUGACCUACGCUGGCAGACGUCUUCUGUUUUCAAACCAUUCGUUGAAGUGCACUUAGUGGGACCACACCUUUCCGACAAGAAACGAAAGAUGGCCACGAAGAGCAAACCCGGCAACUGGGCACCCAAGUUCAACGAGACAUUCCACUUCUUCCUCGGGAAUGAAGGAGAGCCAGAACACUACGAGUUGAUGUUCCAAGUGAAAGACUACUGUUUUGCGCGGGAAGAUCGCAUCGUUGGUGUUGGUGUCCUUCAGCUGGCAAAUGUCGUUGAACAAGGUUCAUGUGCGAUGUGGGUGCAGCUGGGCCAGCGUUUACACAUUGACGAAACGGGUUUAAUUUUGUUGAGGAUACUGAGCCAAAGGCAAACCGAUGAGGUUGCUCGCGAUUUUGUACGUCUCAAAUCGGAAUGUCGACACGAGACGGAAAGUACGUUGGCGGCGUCAGCAAGCAGUCAGAACAUCAGCCGGUGA